AAUUAAUUAAUUCAUGAAAGCAUUAAUUCUUGUAGGAGGAUAUGGAACUAGAUUGAGACCUCUUACAUUUAAAUGUCCCAAACCACUUGUUGAAUUUGCUAAUAAACCAAUUCUCAUGCAUUAAAUUGAAGCAUUAGUAAAUCAAUAUAAAAUAAUUAGGUAAAAGUAGGAGUGUAAGAAAUUAUAUUGGCUAUCAAUUAUCAACCUGAUACUAUGAAAGAUUAAAUCAAUAAAUUAUAAGAUCUUUAUAAAGUCAAAAUCAUAUGCUCUUAAGAAACAGAACCUUUAGGAACUGCUGGACCUAUUAGACUUGCCAAAGAUCACAUUAUCAAAGAUAAUCCUGAUGGUUUAUUCUUUGUGCUUAAUAGUGAUAUUAUUUGUGAAUUCCCACUUGAUAAAUUAUUACAAUUUCACAAAUAGCAUAAUCAUGAAGGGUUUAAAUUAUUUACAUAUUUAUAGAACAAUAUUUGUUAAUGAAGUUGAUGAUCCAUCAAAAUAUGGUGUUAUCUUAGCUGAUGAAAAUGGUAGAAUUAGAGAUUUUAUAGAAAAACCUUAAGAAUUUAUUAGUAACAAAAUUAAUUCAGGACUCUAUCUCUUUAAUAUUAGCAUGAUUGAUAGAAUCCCUGUAAAAAAUAUCAAUAUUCAAUUAGCUAAAACCAACAUCUAUAGAAAGAGAAAUAUUCCCUAUUAUGGCUAAAGAAGGAUAAUUAUAUCAAUAUAUACUUCCAGGAUUUUGGAAGGAUGUUGGAUAACCUAAAGAUUAUUUAGCAGGAACAGUUCUCAUUUUAGAAAGUUAUAGAGCACAUACACCUGAUACUUUGGCUAAAGGUAAUAAUAUAGUUGGAAAUGUUUUAAUUGACAAUUCUGCUUAAAUUGAUCCAAAUGCUGUUAUUGGACCAAAUGUUAUAAUUGGACCAGAUUGUUAAGUUAAAGAAGGAGUCAGAUUGAAGAAUUGUGUUCUCUUAAAAGGAGCAAUCGUUAAUGCAAACACUUGGAUUAAUGAAUCUAUUAUUGGAUGGUCAUCUACUGUUGGUAAAUGGGUUAGAAUUGAAGGAGUUUCUGUCUUAGGUGAAGAUGUCUAAGUAAAAGAUGAAGUAUUCAUCAAUCAAAGUUUUAUCUUACCACAUAGAGGUAUCACAAAUAACAUCUAUAACAAAAAUACAGUGAUAAUGUGACA